GCCUCCCCUCCCCACGCGGCGGCCCAGCUGACCCCGGGGCUACGGGGUCCCCGGCAGGCAGCGGACAGGGAAGGGUUAAAGGCCCCCAGCUCCCUGCCCCUGCCCUGGGGAACCCCUGCCUGUGGGGACAUGAACUGUGUUUGUCCCCUGGUCCUGGUGGUGCUGAGCCUUUGGCCCGAGCGAGCCGCUGCCCGGGGGCCUCCUCCUGGUCCCUCUCGAGCAUCUCCAGAUCCGCGGGCGGAGCUGGAGGGCGCGUUCCUCCUGACCCGCUCCCUCUUGGUGGACACGCGGCAGCUGGCCGCACAGCUGAGAGACAAGUUCCCCGUGGACGGGGACCACAGCCUGGACUCCCUGCCCACGCUGGCCAUGAGUGCGGGCGCACUGGGAGCCCUGCAGCUGCCUGGCAUGCUCACACGGCUGCGGGCUGACCUGCUGUCCUACCUGCGGCAUGUGCAGUGGCUGCGCCGGACAGGCGGCCCUCCGCUGAGGACCCUGGAGCCUGAGCUGGGCGUCCUGCAGGCCCGACUGGACCGGCUCCUGCGCCGGCUGCAGCUCCUGAUGUCCGGCCUGGCCCUACCCCAGGUUCCUCCAGAACCACCAACACCGCCCUUGGCACCCCCUGCCUCAGCCUGGGGAGGCAUCCGGGCGGCCCAUGCUGUCCUAGGGGGGCUGCACCUCACUCUGGACUGGGCUGUGCGGGGGCUGCUGCUGCUGAAGACCCGGCUGUGACCUGCUGCCACCGCUGUCCUUGGAAGCCAUGUCUUAUUUAUUUAUUUAUUUCAGUCCCA